AUGCCUGCUGGUUCCUCAGAUGAUGACGCCAAUGCUCCUGCUGCCUCUUCAGCGCUGCAUUCGAAUGUUCGCGCCAGAGACCAGCUUACCACGAAGAAGUCCGAAUGGUUAGAUCACAUGCUCCGGAACCUCGAUAUAGUGACUUAUUGUCAUUUUUCGUAUCUUUAUUUUCUCGAUAUAAGCUUCAUUCGAUUUCUCAUCCGAGCUAUCGUCCAAAUCAACCUCUUCGCCCAACGGCCACCGAACUUCCCCACACCCCAAAGAACCCAAAAGCGGUCCGCGGUAGUUUCAAUAUUCGGCUCGACGCUGAUAUGCUUCCUCUUUCAUCUUUUCUCAGAACCCGCCUCGGGCUCCGAGGCAACCGGCGGAUACCUACACGGCGGUAUGAUCAUUGAUUUUGUAGGACAAGAAGGUCCAAUAUCCCGCCUCCGCCUAAUAUUCAUCGACCUCAUAAUCCUCCUCCUCCAGCUCACCAUGCUCACCGUCAAGGUGUCCAAACAAGAUCUUCUCGAUAGCUCGGGUCCUAACCGAGUAAUACCCGCGCAAGACCUCGAUGACGAAGAAAGAGGCAUCGUCGCUAGUGCCGAAGACGAUAAUAGUGACUUCGCCGCCUCUCCUAUAGAGGGACCUAGUAGUAGUAUCAGUAGCGACGGACUCCGCCGGCGGCGACCGGCCGCAGAUUCAAACAUUUACUCCGGAGAGGUCAACAUUGCUGACCUAAGAAUCGUGGAAACCGUUCGGUCGCAGUGGAAUUCCCAAAAUAAUACCCCAAUCACACAAUCAGCGUCCGCAACAAUGGCGGCGAAUUUAGCGAAUGCGCGGUUACGAAUGUUAUUUCGACGAUAG